UUCAGUCCCCACUUCUGGUGGAAGUACCAAUCGCAACCUCUCCAAGUGUUACAAACAAAUGGUUGUUGCCGUCAAAGUAUUCAAAAAGACCACACCGAAUGGUAAAGUCACCGUCUAUCUAAGCAAACGCGAUUUCAUCGACUAUUUGGACCACGUCGARCCCAUCGAUGGCGUCAUCGUCGUCGAAGAUGGCUACCUCCAAGGCCGCAAAAUCUACGGCCAGGUGGUCACCACCUACCGCUACGGUCGCGAAGAGGACGAAGUCAUGGGGUUGAAAUUCAGCAAGGAGAUGGUCAUUUCUCAAGACCAAAUCGUCCCGUCGAAAAAAUCCCCCGACCUCACUUCCGUCCAGGAGAAACUCGUCAAGAAGAUGGGGGCCACCGCUUAUCCAUUCAUUUUCCGAUUCCCGGAGAUGGCCCCCAGCUCGGUCACCCUGCAACCCGGAGAAGACGACCAAGGCAAACCCCUAGGAGUGGAAUACUUCGUCAAGAUCUACGUCGCGGCCAACGAGGAGGAUAAGGGCCACAAGAGGAGUACCGUGACUUUGGCRAUCAAAAAAUUGCAAAUGUUGCCACAACCCAGAGUAAUCACCCGACUUCCAAGUUCSGUCGUCUCCAAAGGGUUCACCUUCUCCAGCGGGAAGAUCAACCUGGAGGUGACUCUCGACCGGGAGAUUUACUACCACGGGGAGCAAAUCGGUGCUAACAUCACCAUUUCGAACAACUCGAGGAAGUCGGUACGAAACAUCAAGAUCUACGCCGUGCAACACUGRGAAGUUACGAUGGUCAAUGCCCAAUUUUCCAAAUAUGUGGCCAGUUUAGAGACYCGAGAAGGAUGCCCAAUAACCCCAGGCACCAGCUUCACCAAAACCAUCUACUUGGUGCCCCUCGCCGCGAGUAACAAAGACCGACGCGGCAUCGCCCUCGACGGCCGCCUCCGCGACGACGAUGUCAACCUCGCCAGCUCCACUCUCGUCCCCGAAGGAAAAUGCCCUAUCGACGCCAUCGGUAUCGUCAUUUCCUACUCUCUGCGAGCGAAACUCGACUGUGGAACACUCGGCGGCGAACUCGUCACCGACGUCCCCUUCAAACUCCUCCAUCCAGGACCUGGUGCUAUCGAGAAAGAAAAACCGAAAACCUUCAAGAAGAUGAGAUCGAUGGAAAAAGCCCGGUAUGCAAACUCGUACGAGCACGACGACGARGAUAACAUCGUCUUCGAGGAUUUCGCACGGUUCAGACUCAGUCGCGAUGGAAUCGAAUAAAAAGAAAAUUUCAACAACAAAAAAAUUGCAAAAAUARAAAUAAAAACACAAAAAAAUUAAACUUAAAAGCAAACAUUGGUGAUUCUGCCAGAAGUGUUUUAUUUUAGUUGAAAGCUAUUAAUUAAUUCAGUUAUUGCAUUUUUUUGUGUUUUAGACAAUCAGGCUGCAGAACGGGAAGAAUUAUGCAUAAUUUAUUUUUUUCUGACUGAUGUACGCGCGUCAUGUUAUUAAAAGUAAUGUUUUAGUUAGAGUUUAGUGUUGUAAAUGCAUGCAAAAAAAUAAAUAAAAAUAUUAUGAAUCAAGAACAA